AUGAUUGACGCCACCAAGGACACGAAAGCUGACGCGCGGAGCUCCACCAGCGUUGAGAAACAUGGCGACGUUAUCUCGGGUGAGAUCUGCGACAUUGGUGCGGACCUUUAUGCUGAAGUCGGUCAACUAUCGUCUGAAGAGCUCGAACGCGAAGGCGCCGAAGUGCGCAAGCUCCUGGACUGGCGCAUUCUGCCUAUGUUAUAUGUAACAUAUGUUAUCCAAUAUUUAGACAAACUGUCACUCAAUUAUGCCUCCGCUUAUUCGUUAAUCCCAGACCUUGGUCUAGAGGGUCAAAGGUACUCGUGGGUGGCAGCGAUAUUCAAUUUCGGAUAUCUUUUUUGGGCUAUUCCAUCCAAUCUGAUGAUCCAACGUUUGCCACUCGCAAAGUAUAUGGGAACUGUUUUGAUUAUCUGGGCUGGCCUUGUCAUUGCACACGUUGGAGCCAAAAACUACGCGGGGAUACUGGUUCUCAGAUUUCUGCUGGGCAUGGCGGAGGCUGGCGUUAGCCCAUGCAUGAUGAACUUCACCUCAAUGUUCUACAAACGAGCCGAACAGCCUCUCCGGAUGGCUAUUUGGCUAUCUGGGAAUGGAAUGGCAACGAUGGUCGGCGCUCUCUUGGGAUUUGGAUUAGGUCAUUCUCACAAUACCAGCCUGCGGAGCUGGCAGCUGAUCUUCUUAACUAUUGGAUUACUCAAUUUCGUUACUGGAUGCUUCUUUCUCUGGCUCAUGCCGGACUCACCGAGUACAGCGAAAUUUCUGUCCCACAGACAGCGCGUUGUGGCAGUUCACAGAGUAUCGGAGAAUAUGAUCGGGGUAAAGACUAAGGCAAUCAAACUGCAUCAAGCUUUGGAGAUCUUUUACGACAUCAAAGUACUCUGCUGUGUCGGCAUCGGCAUCGCCUGCGGCGUUAUCAACGGUGGUGUAUCCAACUUCUCAUCAUCGUUGAUCAAAGGAUACGGCUUCAGUGGCAUUUAUGCAACACUCCUGCAGCUACCAACUGGAGCUAUCGAAGCCGUAAUAGUCCCUAUUUGCGGCUUAAUAUCAACAUACGUGCGGGACUCGCGCUGCAUAGUGUUGGCUGUCGUGUGUUUGAUUCCAUUCGGUGGCCUCCUCGGUAUUCGUUUCACGGAUAUUGACCAUCGCUGGACACUGGUAGGCUGCACAUGGCUUCAAUACAUCAUUGGUGCUCCCGUCAUCAUAUCAUGGAACCUCCUGUCCACCAAUGUGGCUGGUCAUACGAAACGCUCCUUCGCCAACGGAGUCUGGUUCACGGUAUAUGCGAGCGGAAACGUUGCGGGGGCUAACAUCUUCUUUGCUCGCGAAGCUCCACGGUAUUAUUCAGCAUUGACUGGUCUUCUUGUCUGCUACGCGGGGAUGAUUGUUCUAUGUGCUGCUGCGUAUAUGGCCAUGAAGUGGGAAAAUCUACGAAGAGAUCGCAAUAUGUUAUCAGAGGAAACCGCGGAACGUCGGGAGGAGGCGGCUGUUCUCGAUGGCUUUAAGGAUAUGACAGAUAUGGAGUCUAAACACUUCAGAUAUGCGCUCUGA